AUGCCCCGCACCCCAGCUGUGACCCCGACCCCCGGCAACUCCAGCUGCCCGAGGAGCCGUGGGAGGAAGAUCCCGGCUCCGACAGCCAGGACGAGCACGACACAUACAGCGUCCUGUCGGACGAUUCAUUCUACCCUCCGGAUCUGCUCUCCCUGAGCAGCGAGACCAGGGGUGAGAGCGAGGAAGCGCUCACCCUCUACCGGGCUUGUUCCACCAGCAACGCCAUCGGACUCAAGGAGCUGCUGUGCAGGGAUCUGGGCGAGCAGGAGGUGAUGGAGAGGGACAGGAAUGGCAGGACUGGGCUGAUGGUGGCUUGUUACCAGGGAUUCAUGGAUAUUGUGUUCAUCUUGGCCCAGUGCCCACACCUUGAUGUCAACUGGCAAGACAAGGAAGGAAACACAGCUCUGACCAUCGCUGCACAAGCCGGGCACAUCACGAUCACAAAUUAUUUGCUGAACUAUUAUCCUGGAAUUGACAUUGAGAGGAGGAAUGUCCAUGGGUUCACUGCGUUGAUGAAAGCAGGAAUGCAAGGAAGAACAGGCUGUGUCAGAGCCCUGAUGCUGGCAGGUGCUGAUAUGAAUGCGACAGAUCCAGGGAAGGGGUUCACUCCACAACAAUGGGCACAGUUUACGGGGCGGUAUGAAACAAUCUUUCUCAUGCACAAGCUCCUGGCCCAGCCCUGCCCUGUCCAAUUCAGUGACAACUAUAAACCUGAGUGGCCAAGACUGAAGGAACUUGUAGCCAAAGCCAACGAGCCCAGGAACUGUUUGGAGAAAAUCUGCGAAACACUCAGGUCGGCUUUGACCAUCAACUUUCCUCGCGAUCCAGAGGUGGAUGGACCACUUGACCACAUGGUGAGGAUGACUACGGCCAUCACCAGCCCCUUUGUAGCGACUGGUUGCAGGACUGUCUGCCCAGGCAGCCCCCCUUGCGUGGGGAAGAAAAGGUACACAGUCCAGGAGAUACUGAAGUUGCAAGAGUCUCAGGGAACUAAACCACCGAACAAGGAUUAUGUUAAAUACCAAAAACUGUUUCAGAACUCUCAACUUGUCGUGGUCCCAAGAAAGGAGGAGAGGAGAGCGAGCCUGCAGCCGCUGAGGUCUCCCUCUGCUCAGUCCACAGUUGUCUCCUUGCGCAGGGGUAGUCUCAUGCCCUUGAGCAUGCUGCGGUGGAGCAGUGUCCAGCCGGGCAUCGUGGUGCCCAAGGUGCGGGUGUACAAAGCUCCCACUCCCACCUACAACCCGGAGAGGGUGCGCAGGAAGAGCAGCGGCAAGAGCAGCAACCUCCUGGAGCUGCCCGUGUGGAGGUACAAGGAGCUGAAGGACGAGCGGAAGAAAGCAGAGGAGGAGGAGAAGAGGAAAGCAAAAGAAGCGGAGAAAGAGAGAACACACAAACUAUCACUGAAGCGCAAGUCGUCGGGUUAAGAAAGCAGAUUGGUUAAAAUGGGAUCGGAGCAAAACCAUGAAAAAGCUGGAAUCUUGCAUAUUUCUCUGCCAAACGGGAAAUAUUAUGAACCGACAGUCCUGUGAGGUUUGUGUGGGCCUGAUCUUACUUGCAGAUUCACAGCAUUAGCAGUUGAAUGCAAUGGGUAGUUCAAAUGAUGGUGCAAGUUGUACCAUUUUAGUGCGACGGGACAUGGCUGAGCAUUCCCUGCUCACUUAGCAUGUCUGACCUUUAAUUAAUGCAAUCUACCCUAGUUCAAAAUGUCAGAGGCAGAAUAACUUGCGACUUUCUCAUGAAAAUAAUUUUGAACCUGCAUUUAUCUUUGAAGAGCAUUUUGUUUCUCUGUUAUAGAUCAUGUGGUUCUGUUUAAUAGGACGGGUGCCAAAACAUCG